AACGCUCCCUCCUCCACCUCUUCCUUCUCCUCCAGCAGCCACCAGGGACCCCGAGAUCUACCAGCCCAGGAUCCCCACAGCCAGGUCUGUGCUGUCGCCCUACAGCAUCUUUGCAGCAGGGGACAAGGCUGUUGGUUCGGAACAUGUCUCUACCCACCCCACCCUCUGUGGCUCGAGGCUUCAUCCUCCCCCAUCCAUGGCUAACCCAGGUCCGUCACUCCAUGGCGUCUUUGGCAUUCUAGGUGCCUUGGAAAGGGACAGGCUGGCCUGCCUGAAACACAAGCUGAGGAGUCUGCAUCCAGGCAGUCAGGAGUCAAAGCUUCUCCACGCCAUGGUACUCCUGGCUCUGGGCCAGGACACGGAGGCCAGGGUCUCUCUGGAGUCCUUGAAGGUGAACACAGUAGCGCAGCUGAUAGCCCAACGGUGGGCAGACAUGGACAGCAUAGCAGGCCCUGAGGAACCUCCAGAUUUGUCCUGGACUGUGGCUCGCCUGUACCACCUGCUGGCUGAGGAGAACCUGUGUCCGGCCUCCACAAGGGACAUGGCUUACCAGGUGGCCCUCCGUGACCUUGCCUCCCAGGGUGACCACCAGCUGGGCCAACUCCAGAAUGAGGCCUGGGAUAGGUGCAGUUCAGACGUCAAGGGGGACCCCAGUGGCUUCCAGCCACUCCGUUCUCAUCAGGGUUCCCUGCAGCCACCUUCAGCAUCCCCUGCAGUGACCAGAAGCCAGCCUCGUCCCAUUGACACAUCAGACUGGAGUUGGGGACAUACGCUCCAUUCCACCAGCAGCACUGCCUCACUGGCCAGCCACCUAGAGAUCAGCCAGUCACCUACGCGUCCCUUUCUCUCUUCACACCAUGGAACCCACGGGCCCAGCAAGCUAUGUGACACACCACUGGACACUCAGGAGCCUCAGCUUGUCCCUGAAGUCGGCCAAGAACCUGAGGAAAUGAGCUGGCCGCCAUCAGUGGAGGCCAGUGUCUCCUUGGGGUUACCACAAGAAAUUAGGGUCCCAGAGGUGUCUCCAGAGGUGGCUUUGCCUGUCCUCCCUGACUCCCCGGCUGCUCCAGACACAAGUGGCCACUGUCCCAUCGAAUGCACGGAGGUGUCCACAGACUCCAGGUCUCCCCUGCCAUCCACCACACAAAGUGUUGGGAAGCAGUGGUCUAUCACAAGUCAGAGGUCACCUCAAGUUCCUGUAGAUGACUCUCUACAGAACACCCCGUCAUCCAGCCCUCCUGCCCAGCCGCCAUCCCCACAAGCCUCUCCUAUGCUGCCUCCUCCCCCUCCGUCCUCUGCUUCCUCCCCGAGCAGCUGCCCUGCUCCCCCAACCUCCACAUCACCUGUUUUGGACCACUCGGAAACAUCUGAUCAGAAAUUCUAUAACUUUGUGGUCAUCCAUGCCAGGGCUGAUGAACAGGUAGCCUUACGUAUUCGGGAGAAGCUGGAGACCCUUGGGAUACCUGAUGGGGCCACCUUCUGUGAGGAAUUCCAGGUGCCUGGGCGUGGUGAGCUGCACUGUCUCCAAGAUGCCAUUGACCACUCGGGGUUCACAAUCCUGCUCCUGACUGCCAGCUUUGAUUGUCGCCUGAGCCUGCAUCAAGUCAAUCAUGCUCUCAUGAACAGCCUCACACAGUCUGGAAGGCAGGACUGUGUGAUCCCCCUCCUCCCACUUGAGUGCUCCCAGGCCCAGCUCAGCCCGGAUACAACCAGACUGCUCCAGAGCAUUGUGUGGCUGGAUGAACACUCCCCAAUCUUUGCCAGAAAGGUGGCAAACACCUUCAAAACACAGAAGCUCCAGGCACAGCGGGUACGCUGGAAGAAAGAGCAGGAGGCCAGAACCCUCAAGGAGCAGAGCAUACAGCUAGAGGCUGAGCGGCAAAAGUUGGCCGCCAUAUCUGCUGCCUACUCAGCGUAUGUCCAUAGCUACAGGGCCUGGCAAGCAGAGAUGAACAGACUUGGGGUGGCCUUUGGGAAGGACUUGUCACUGGGUGCUCCAAUACCCUUCCCCAGCUGGCCAGGAUGUCCACAGCCAAUACCUUCCCAUCCUCAGGGUGGUACUCCAGUUUCCCCCUAUUCCACGCAGACUCCAUCCUUCCCGCAGCAUCCAGACUCUUCUCCACAGUCCCAAUCCUUUCCAUCAGCCUCUUCCCCAGGCCCACAGACUCCAGGACCUCAGCCCCUCAUUAUUCACCAUGCCCAGAUGGUUCAGCUGGGAGUCAACAACCACAUGUGGGGCCACACAGGGGCCCAGUCAUCUGAUGACAAGACUGAGUGCUUGGAGAAAUCCUGCAUGGGCCCUCUGACCGACCAGGGGGAACCCUUUCUUUGAGACUCCAGAGUGACUAGGUUGGACCCCACCUACAGUGGCAAGAUUGGACUUCACCUGGGUUCUUAAAGUGACAAUGGAGGAAAGGAACCUCGCCUGGGCCCCCAGAGUAGCCAGAGGACUUAGUCUGGGCCCCCACAGUGGCCAUUAGUUGGACUCAGCUUGAGACCCCAGAGGCAGGGAAGACCACACCUGUAAACCAGGGCCUGGGAAACAUGCAGAACCCCCAUUAGAACAGACUCUGUGGGACUCCAACCUGCAUCCUCUAUGUGAACAGAGGACGAUGAGGCCACAGGCUCCUCUGAGGUGCCCGCAGCGCGGCCACGUAACCUUCAUUCACUGUGGCACAUGCUGUUCAUAGGGUCUCUCUGGGGAGGAAGUGGUGCUGAGGCACACAGGGAGGGUCCUGUUUUUAUAAUAAAGUUAUUGACAGCUGAGUCAUAA